AGCCCGUAUGAUGAGCAAUAUUGACAAGGAUAUCGCUCAACUAAAGAAUUGCGAGUACUUGAGCGAAAACGAAGUUAGAUUGCUCUGCAACAAGGCCAAGGAGAUAUUAAUUGAGGAGUCAAAUAUACAACACGUGGAUUCUCCAGUUACGGUCUGUGGUGAUAUUCAUGGUCAGUUUUACGACUUUAAGGAGCUCCUAGAGGUAGGAAAGGACAUUCCCGAGACCAAUUAUCUCUUUUUGGGUGAUUAUGUAGAUAGAGGAUAUUAUUCUGUGGAAACAUUUCUAUUAUUACUUUGUUUUAAGGUGCGUUAUCCUGAUCGUAUAACGUUGAUACGUGGUAAUCAUGAAUCUCGGCAAAUAACGCAAGUGUAUGGGUUUUACGAUGAAUGCAUAAGAAAAUAUGGUAGCGUAAAUGUAUGGCGUUAUUGUACCGAAAUAUUUGACUAUUUCGCGAUAGGAGCACUGAUAGAUAACAGAUACUUCUGUAUACACGGAGGUCUAUCCCCGUCGAUACUAACUAUCGAUGAAAUAAGAUAUCUAGAUCGCAAACAGGAAGUUCCACAUGAAGGUCCAAUGUGUGACUUACUGUGGAGUGAUCCAGAGGCGAUGGAUGGCUGGGGAGCCUCGCCGAGAGGUGCAGGUUUUCUCUUUGGUGGAGACGUUGUACGCCAGUUUUGCCAUCAAAACAACAUACAAACUAUCGCAAGGGCACAUCAGCUCGUUAUGGAAGGAUAUAAAUGGUGGUUUAACAAAAUGCUUAUCACAGUAUGGUCUGCACCAAAUUACUGCUAUAGAUGUGGAAAUAUCGCAAGUAUAAUGGAGGUAGACGAAAAUCUAGGUUGCACAUUCAGGAAAUUUGAAGCAGUACCUCCUAACAAACGAGGGGUUCCAGCCAAAAAACCACUCCCUGAUUACUUUUUAUAAAUAUUAGUCAUAGGUCUAUGUCACUAUAAUUCGUCAAUCAGUUC